AUGUUGAUUUUCACAGCGUUGUUUGUCUAUUGGUAUUUUGCAAUAACCGGUGUGAUCACUAUGAAAAGUCGACUGGAUGCACGAAAGAUUCUACCGCUAGACUCGCCACUUCAUAGGUCGUACUCGCUGCUAGAGAACUAUGUCUGGAAUGACCAUUUUACCCCGAAAUUCUACGUCAACACCGAAUUCGACAUGACCAAUAUCAAUAUGACGAGUCAGUUUUGGGAUAUGUUAAAAGAGCUGGAAUCUGUUCCCAAUUGUCGAGGACCGAUUUCUUCAUUAUGUGUGGCUCGUAGAAUGUAUGCUACUAAUCAUAAGAAUAAUAAAAGAGGAAAUUUGUUGGUUCACUCAUUUCAAUUCUACGUCGUCUACUCAAAAGUUACUGAUUGGGAUAUUCGGAUAUCGCUGUUGACUAAAUGGCGAAAUAUUAUUGACAAUAUACGAUUGAAUGUGACGUUACGAUCCGGAGCGAUGUUUGUCGAUCAAUGUACAGCUCUAAUCACUUUGCUCUCGAUGACAAUCGUAUGCGCUAUUUUUAUGCCGAAUCCAUGUAGUGUUGCGACCGCCAGCGUAUCGAUUGCUUCUAUCAGCACAGGUGUUAUCGGCCUCAUGUCGCAGUUUUCGUUCGAUCUCGAUCCGAUAGUGAUGGCAUGCCUUCUGAUGACAAUUGGAAUGAGCGUUGACACUAGAAGUCAGUUUGAGAACGGAAAGAUUGUCGAAGUCCGAAUGGCAGUCCACGAAAACGUCUCGAGCAUACCAUACAAAUAG